AUGGCCGAAGAUAACAACAACAUGCAGUCGGACGUCCUCAGCGCCCUGGUUGCCGAGAUACGAAGUCUGAGAGAAGAGAGUUCCCGAAGAAACACCCAGUUUGAAGAACAGCCAACGCCAUCUGUCACCCCGGCUGUCCCCAUUGAGGACACCCGUGUGGUCGCCACUCACAACCCUCACCCAACCAAGCGCCCCAAAUUACGAGACAUACCGAAAUUCGGCGGCGACAAGGCCCAGUGGCGAAGCUGGAAACUAGAAACCGAAGGAAAGCUACGAGUCGACAAAGAAGCCCUUGGAGAUGCAGAAGGCCACUUUAUGUACAUCUUCAUGAGCCUAGAAGGCAAGGCUAAAGACAACGUGACCACAUUUGUGGAGAUGCAAACCGAGAAGAAAACGUUCAAUGUUGCUGAACUACUCAACCGCCUCGAGUUGUUCAGCUACGUUGGGCUGGCGAGGAGAUGCGAUUCGCUGAGCAGCCAGAUGGAACUGUUGGACGUCAGGGUGAACGGCACAGACUUUGUGCCAUCUCUUGUCGACUAUGGCUGCCUCUGCUACGGCGCGGUUAGCAAGCGCACAUUUCACUCUCUCCAGUUGCCACAUAUACGCGUCCAGCCGCGCAUCUUGGAGAAUGCAGCGGGAGACGGCAAGGAGGUCAAAAUCGACAAGAUCACGUAUGUGUCGAUCGACCUCGAUGGACAUCAGCAGCAUCGUGUUUUCAUGUACGUCAUCGACGAUCUUAACUGGGACAUGAUCCUGGGUAAACGAUGGAUGGAAGACCAGGAUGUUCACAUCCACGCAAAGGAAGGAUAUCUCGAGAUCGGGUCCAGUGGAGUUCAAGUACGAGACCGACGACGUUACCAGCCUCCCCAGCUAGACGUCUCUAAUGUCAUGGCCGCAACCUUUUUAGCGGAAGCACGCCGUGACAAACGCAAAGGCGGCAUUGGAGUUCACUCGGUCACAAUGGCGGAUAUUGACAAGGCCCUAAGACCGAAACCGAAGACUGACGUAAUGGAGAAGCUGCCACCACAGUACCACAAGUGGUCUCGAGCUUUCUCUCAGCAACUGGCCGACCAGCUGCCCCCUCAUCGGCCAGGUGUGGACCUGAAGAUCGAAGUGCUGAAAGACGAGCAUGGCCGAGAGAAGCCCUACCCUGGGGACCGCUUUACAGCAUGUCCCGCGAGGAGCUAUUGGUGCUACGAAAGACCCUCACAUAACUACUCGACAAGGGAUUUAUUAGACCUGCAAGACCACCGCGACAAAGUCGGCAAGGUCCUCCAACGACUGAUGGAUGCUGGGCUGCAACUGGACAUCAACAAGAGCGAAUUCGAAGUCAAGGCUGUGAAAUACCUUGGGUUUAUCAUCGAGGCGGAGUGUGGGAUCCGAGUCGACCCAGAGAAGGUUGAGGCUGUGAAGGGAUGGGCAACCCCGACGAAUGUUAAAUCCGUGAGGAGUUUCAUCGGAUUCGCGAACUUCUACAGGAUAUUUAUGCCAGACUUCUCGGUGAUAGCUGAGCCGCUAACGCGGCUAACGAAGAAGGACGUGCCAUUCCGUUGGGAUGGAUUGUGCGACGAAGCCUUCGAGAAGCUCAAGGACCUGUUGAUCACGGCCCCGAUCCUGCACACUUCCAUCCAGAAAGGGAGACUAUCUUGGAAGCAGACGCUUCAGGAUUCGCCCGAAGCGAACUACGCUAUCCAUGACAAGGAGCUACUCGCCAUUCUCAGAUGUUUGGAGCAGUGGGAACCAGAGCUACGGGCAGUAGAGCACUUCAAGAUCCUAACGGACCACAAGAACCUGAGAUACUUCUACUCGGAAAGGAGGUUGACAGAGAGACAAGUGCGGUGGUCGGAGUUCCUGUCCAGGUUCCAAUUCGAACUCGAAUGGAGGCCGGGCCGCAAGGGCGGAUUGCCUGACGCACUCUCUCGACGGGACCAGGAUAUGCCGGCCAACCACUCUGAUGAACGACUAAAGGGACGCAUUAUGAGGCUAUUCCAAGAUGAUCACCUUAGAAGGGUCCCAAUAUCGACAUUGUCUACCAACACCGAGGGUGCCCAGGAAAUCAACUUCGGAAAAGAGAUCAGGAUAUUUGAAGAUGAGGAGUUACAGCAGCUGUGGCACGCCGCACGCCAAGAAGACAAGCUCUAUCAAGAACUCACGAAGCUGGUAGCAGAUGGAGCGAAGAACAAUAGAGGCCUGCUGUGCUUUAGAGAACGCGUCUGGAUACCCGGUUCGGAGCCGCUACGUACGAGGAUCAUCCAGGAAACUCACGACUCUCAUAUCACCGGACAUCCUGGAAGGGACCUCACGUACUCGACUCUGUCGAGACGCUUCUUCUGGCCGGGUGCCGCUAGCGAUGUACGUCGGUUUGUGCGCAACUGCGAGGUUUGCGGACGAAACACCAUCUGGAGGAUACAAAGAAAGGACUCCUAA